AUGCAGAGAAGCACAGGACGGGCGGCAUGCGCAUCGUGCAAGCACCAACGCAAGAAGUGCACGAGAAAGUGCAUGCUGGCGCCCUUUUUCCCCGCAGAGAAGGCGCGUGAGUUCGGGGCAGUGCAGAAGGUGUUCGGGGUGAGCAACGCGAGCAAGAUGAUAAGGAGGGUGAAAGAGGAGGAGAGGAAGGUGGCGGUGGAGUCGCUCGUGUGGGAGGCCUUGUGCCGCCACAAAGAUCCGGUGUUGGGGCCCUAUGGCGACUACCGACGUGUGUGUGAGGAGCUCAGCUUGUACAAGACCCUCUGUAUGUGUGUCUAUCCCCCACCACAACCUCUACCUCUAAUCAAUAAUCAUAAUCAUAGUCAUAAUAAUGAUGUUAUUAUCAACACUGGUGAUGCGGAUGGCAAUAGGUUUCAUGGAACUGAUGACACAAUUAACAAUAAUAGUGUUGUCGUGGAUUAUUGCCCAUAUCGAUAUUCUGAAGGAGAUAAUGCUUAA